AAAAAUGUACUCUUCAUUUCUAGCUCGUACAAAGAUGUCUGGAACAAAUUCCAAGAGGAAAGUGACAGCGGUUGGAAAUGUGCGGAUUGUCCGGGGACACCAGCAUAUGUAUUCCUUAGCAGCAAUGGAGACGUUGCUCCUUUAGCAUUAGGAACAACUUACAACAUCAAUGAUCCGGAAGACUACGAUAUAACAUCUUCUAUGAAAGCUGUUAAUAAUUUCAAUUCCAUAGUCAAUGGUGUAUCUAACGAUUAUUCGAUUAUUCAGGCUGUUGCACCUAUAAAGUUGCGGACACGUGUCAACGACCAAGAGAAUUUUGGGAAAUUUGGUGAAAAUUGA